AUGAUAUAAAACGAGAACCGCAUGAAAACUCUCAGACAUUUCAGAAUAAAGGUCUUUAUUUGACGAUUUCGUUGCUGAAUAUGUGCUCCUUCGUAUGUACUCUGUUGCUGCUCACCUGCAGUCUCACUGUAGCUGUGUGGGCAGAGGAAGAGCAUUCUACUCAAUUCUGUGUGAUUGGAGCUGGACCUGGGGGGCUGCAGCUGGGAUAUUUUCUGGAGAGAGCUGGUCGUGAUUAUGUGAUCUUUGAAAAAAACACUACAGCAGGGAGCUUUUAUCUCCAUUAUCCAAGGCACAGAACUCUCAUCUCCAUCAACAAGAGAUUUACAGGUGGCACAAACAGUGAGUUCAAUUUCCGCCACGACUGGAACUCUCUCAUCAGUGAUGACGAGAGCCUGCUGAUGAAGCACUACACAAAAGACUACUUCCCCAAAGCUGAUGUUUAUGUUAAAUACUUACAAGAUUUUGCAAGCAAACUCAACCUGAACAUCCAGUACGAAACUGAAAUUGUGGAUGUGAGUCGACCUAACAAGAGCCAGGUGUUUCAUUUGACAGAUCAAAAUAAUGUGGUCCACCAUUGUCAGGUCGUAGUUGCAAGCACGGGCAUAUGGGUGCCCAAUAUCCCUGAAGAUAUAAAUGGCAUUGAGCACACAGUGGGCUACGAGGACAUGUCGCUAGACCUUGAUGACUAUGAGAACAAGGUAGUACUCAUUAUUGGGCGAGGCAAUGCUGGGUUUGAAACUGCUGACUAUAUUGUGGGACAGACUGCCUACAUCCACAUGAUGGGACGAUCACGAGUUAAACUAGCGUACCAGACUCACUAUGUGGGGGAUCUGAGGGCCGUGAAUGCUGAGCAAGUGGACACAUACCAACUGAAGUCACUAGAUGGACAAUUUGAGGGCAACCUCAAGGGUCGCCAUGGACGCAUAGCCAAGGACAGCAAUGGCAGGUUGCAUCUCAUUCAUCCUGGAGACGAAGGUGGUGACGAGGGCUCCGUUGAAGAACUAAUCACCAGGAACGUGUUCAAGAAUCCAUACGACAUUAUUAUCCGUUGCCUGGGUUUCAAGUUUGACUUCUCAAUUUACAACUCAUCACUGGGUCUACAAUACUCCUAUGCUGGCCACAAAAAGUAUCCACGCAUCCAUAGCAACUACCAAGCUGUUGGCAUCCCUAACUUCUUUAUAGCUGGCACGUCGUCUCACUCCCUAGAUUUCAAGAAAUCUGCUGGUGGAUUCAUCCAUGGAUUCAGAUACACAGUGAAAGCCUUGUUCAACCACCUGGAAUGGCUGUAUAGUGGAGUGCCCUGGCCAUCAGUCACCCUACCUGCCUCACAGCUCCUGGAACACCUCAUACGCAGGAUCAACGAGGCAUCGGCUCCAUAUCAGAUGUUUGGGGUGCUAGGAGAUGUGGCUCUCAUCAGAAACGAUGGUACUGUUGUGUACUUGGAAGAGGUACCCAUCAAAGCCAUGCCCAUUUUUAGAGAGUUGACUGGGCAUGAAAUUCAGAGCUUUAUUCUAUGGAACUUUGAGUAUGGAAAGAACUACUCUGGACCUGGAUAUGACGUUCUAAGAGAGAACCGAGUGGAGGGCGACCCAAUCCGUGCUGACAGGAGUAACUUUCUCCACCCAGUACUAUAUUACUACUCCAGCCCACCUCCAAUCGGUAAGAAGUGGACUUUGGGGGAAAUCCCUGCCCCCGAUCUAUACCACCACCUGGUGGAGGACUUCCUCACAGAUUGGACCAAUAGACAGGACCACAUUCUCCUCCUACGCAGGUUUAUUGAAGGGGCACUCAACACCGACCUGAGAUCUUUCUUUGCCGAGUCCUGUUUUGAGAUGAUGCUCAAUUUUGGAGACAAUGUGCCUCCAUAUUGCAAAGACCAGUAUUUGAAAGGUUCUGGAAUCUCUGCAUCUGAUGGGUUUGUUGAGUUUGGUCCUAUUGAAUCAUUCGAGGAGUCAGUUGUCAGUGCACCCAUUCUCUGAAUAAACUUGUUUUAGUAGGGAAAAUAGUAUAUCAUGUUUCACAGUCAUGUAUUAUAAUAAUUAUGGUCACCGUAAAUGACACAGAAAGUUGAAAGUUUUGUAAUGAAUCAGUGUUGAGUAAUGAAUCAGUGUUGACUGUGAUUGUAA